AUGGACCGGGAUGCUCUUUGUCAACACACCCCACGAACUCCACCUGCUUCGCACAACGCUGUGAUGAGCCUUGUCCAGACACCCAAUUUCACGUCAGGCUUUUGGGUCUGCCCGGCCCCUAACACGGUCUACGUUCCCGCCAACGAUACCCACAGGAAUUGCACGACGGCCCAGCAUACUCCUAUCUCAGGAAAUGUCGAUAUAGAUGGAACCGCGGUGGCUGUUGGUACCGUUGUGACGAGUCUGUACUUGCUCGCUACUGCAUCACCAUUCACCAUCCUUCUUCUCAUCUGCGCGAUCGACGAUCUUCUAAGCCGUUCAAUCGACGAUUGUUCCGGGGGCACGAACUUCAUCUUUCGCCGAAUAAAGGGCACACUCUCAAGGCGAAUUAUCUCGCUCUUGUCCAUAACCUUUCCCGUUCUGUGGCUUUCACUCAGCCUUAUUCAGUCGUUGUCGUCCGAAGCCUAUCUGGACAGCUACCUAUGCAGGGAUACUGCCUUCAAGGAAUGGCUUGAAAACAGUUUCAGUUAUCUGGUUGGGCUCCCUCCGCCAUUGGACUAUCCGUGGCAAAUAGUAUUGCUUGCUUGCCUCGCGGUUGAGUUUGGCCUGUCAUUUCUGCACGCUUAUAAGUUCUACAGUACCACGAUUUCGGAAGCACAUACAUGGAUUCUCUAUAUGUUUGCCUUGGCCCUUCAUGCCCUCUGGUCAUGGAGUAUCAUCAAACGUGCGAUACUUGCAUCGGGACCGAAAGGUUCUUAUAUUCUGACAUAUGGCCAGGUCGUCACUCUCGGAAUUGUUCUCGGCCCACUCGGCUCGACUAUAUACCUCAUAUGGAAGAGUCGUCGCACUAUCAUAGAGUUUAUAACGGACCUGCCGAAAGGCUGCUGGGACGAGCUUCGGUUCGUGGUGGCGGGAAUUGGCGAUCCUCUCCCAUACAGACUAGCCCCGGAUGAGGAGAGUGCUUUGCAUGCUGCUAGUGCAGAGAACCUUGACGCUUCUUCCGCACCUCUCAUGUCACGAAUCGGUGAAGAUGUUGCGCUCCUACAGUCGGCCACUGUGAAUCCAUCUUCCCACCCUUCGCCAACCGAUCACGAACAAACUCUUAGCCACUCUCGCAGCCAUCCUCCCCUUCCACAAACUCACACGACUACACCGACUCUCGAAACUUACGGGACAAUUGCUGAUGGAGUUGACCAGCGUCCUCAACCCAUCAAUUCUCUCCCAUCAUUUUCAUAUGACCUUCCACAUAACACAGCCGGCUCUUCGCGCUUACUCCUUGCCGAGGACAAUAGACCAAGGCGACAUAUGACAGAACCCGUUUCACCGCACGCUCAUAGAGAACCAUUGUCGCUUGCACCCGUAGAUUCACUCCCAGACAACGAGCAUCCUUAUUUUCGUCACCGAGGAAAUCCACCACGCCCAUCCACGCUCAAUACGCCCAGUGUCGGACGCGAUCUCCCUCCCCAACUUCUAUCUCCUUCCACCUCCAUACGGCAACUUCUUGCAUCCCCAAUGGUGCGAGAACGCCGUACACUCACGGAUUCACCUCCACCAAUGGACCCGAGCACACCGUCCUCUGCUUAUCCCCCUUACGCCAUCGAGUCGCAUGAUGACAACAGCGGAAGAAUCAGUUCUUUACUUCCUCCACUCGAUCUCGGCCCUCGCGACCUUCAAAUUCGAGUGGACUCGAGUUCACGCAUGUCCUCCCUCUCGAUAACCAGAUUCGAGCAGAGCGCAGGGUCGCCCGUUGUUGCUCACAAACGUAUCCCGUUUCACUCCGAGUCUAUCUCUCAGACAUCUCUCGUACCGGUAGAAGGAGAUCCCAUACGAAAUAUCUAA